CACCGUGGGGCCUCUGACCGAAAAAGAAAGACGCUUGGACGAUAGCCACGACACCUUGCAUGCUGCUUGCGGCGGCAGCGCGCGCACGCAUCACAUACCUAGGUGACCCAAUUCUCCGCAGCCCAGCCAGCAAGCCCCUCGACCGCCUGCCACGUUUUUCUGGCCCCGGCAUUGUCCUGCAGCAGCCACCAACCCACCCACCAAUCCACCAACCCACCCGCCCGCCCGCCCGCCCGCUUGCUCACCCACCUCUCACUACCUGUUACCAACUCACACUCACGCACCCAUUGCACGCAGUCGGACGAGUCGUCCACCGUCCUUCCCCUUGCGUGUCUUGUCUCGUCUCGUCUCGUUUCGCCUCUAUUCGCCUAUCGCCUACCUACCUUACCUGCCUGUCGGUGUGGCCGUCCGUCCUGUGUCUCUGCUUUCUUCAUCCCACUCCCCCCAAUCCCAAUCUCCAAUCCCUUCCCCACCACCACUCGCGACUUGGUCCUCGUCGUCCUGUCUCGCUUGGCCCCUCGCUCCUCGCUUCGCUGCCCGAACCGAACGGAGCCCUGUGUUCCCCAUCGUCAACGACGACUGCAUCCGUCAUAGGGUCGUUGCCGCUCCGAAGCAGCUCUCCUCUCCCCCCAGGGGAGCUCCACCGCCCGACCGGCCGACGAGCAGCGUUCGACGGACGGCAUACGCCCCUCCUUCUCACGCUCCCACGCUCUCCCUUUCGCCCUUUUCUCUCAGAGUCCGCUCGGGGACACACACACAUCCGCACGCACGUACGCACGCACACGACGUACACGCGAUUCGUCUCGUCGUGCAUCGCCUUGGAUAUCGACGUGCGAACCAUGCGCUGAGACGGCCUAUACGCCCCUGCUUCCUGCUGCUGCUUCGUCCCCUCCCCUUCCCUGCGAACCAGUCGCCACUCACGCUCGUCUUCGGCUGCCUUGGUGUUGCAGGCCGGUCCGAGGGCGAGACGCACGCCACUCCCGAUGCGUUUGUGAAGCACACACGAUAUAGCCUUCGUGGGGAAAGUGCACAUAUAUAAAGAGGCGGCCCAUGCCCACUCACCGCCGCCAUGCCCGCCUCACCUUCCGCCGCCUCACCUCACUCCAGCUCUCGCCACAACCCGCCCUCCUCCAUUACCUCGUCCUCUCGCCCCGCCAAUCCUUCCGACCAUCGUCGCGACUCCUUCCCCUUCUCCUUCACGAGGCCCUUCCGAGCCAACCCGUCGUCGACAAGUCUCGUGCCCUCGACCGCCGAAGGGAGACCCAUCCCCGUCGACGACUCCACGGCGGAGAACCGCACCUCGGCUCUCCGUGAGAUCAACAGCCACUACCCCAGCCGACACCGAUACGCCAAGUCGACCGGCGCCCAGAGCAGCACGUACUCGGAGCCCGUCAUCGUGCGCAGCUACCACCCACCAGCCCCGAGCCGGCCCGCCGCGUCGACGAGAUCGGGCGGCAUCUUCCAGGGUGGGGCCGUGUCCGGGUCAGACGCGGGCAGAACUGGAUCAGGCCUCGGCCGAGGGCUCCCGUUUGCCAGCAAGGUCGCCUCCGCGGGGAAUGGAAUGCUAAGUACAAUGGCACGAGCACGUACCAAACGGUCCCCGGGGGACGUGCAUAGAGAAACGCGGCUCCCGCCCGUGGAGGCGUUUAGUUUCAAGAGCUUCAUGGCCAACUUGGAGUCGCAAACGGGCAGCACCGCCGAUAUCAACGCCGACCUGGACCGCAUCGCCGAGAUAUGUGCGCGGUCGAGGUACUCACUCAGCAACCAGUACGAGGUCCACUACGCGCCGCACGGGUCCGGCACGGCGUUUCUCGCAGCGUCGCAGCAGAACCAGGAGCCGCCGGGGCCGACACUGCAAGUUGUGUCGUCUGAUGACGAGAGGAAUAUGGGAAGGCAGAGGAAGAGAAGACAAGCCGGCAGAAGGAACAGUCGCGCCAUGGGCACCCUCGAGACCAUCAUGUCGUCUAGCCGGUCCUCUGACGAAGACAAGACCAAGAAGAAGUCUGCUUCGGAGCUCGCCGAGGAAGUCCGCGGACGGGCAGUGCGAAAGGAAUCUGAGCACUCGUCACCCUCGGCGUCGUCGCAGGGUUCGUCGGAUGGUGGCGACGCUCGAGACGGCGAAGCGCCGUCUAAGCAUCAUGCAAGACGGCCAUCUGGAUCGUUGGCGCUUAUUGAUGGUUCAAAGCAGAAUGUGACGACGACGACGGACGGGUCAAACGCACGAACAUCAGCGUCAGGGCUCCUGAGCGAGCUGGCAUUGCCUCAGGCUUCAACCAGCCAGCUGGAGCUGCGGACGGCGUCAGAGCAGCAACCGCAGACGGCACCAACAAGCAAGCAUAAAACUUCGCCCGCGCCGCCCACGGAAGGCCAUGCGCCUCUGGCAAAGGGAUCCAUGUCGUCGACGCAGGUGGAAGGCACGGGGAGCGGCAUCAUGGCAGCUUUGAGCGGCUGGAUGGCGUGGGGACAGACGGGCAAGCAAGAGGGCCGGGCGGAAGGUAGCUUGCGGCACCUGUUGAAGACGACUGAUUUCAAGAACAAGGGCGCCAACAAGGCGGCAUGAGAGGGUUAAAAAAAGGCUGUGCGUACUCGGCGCUGGGCGGUUGGUUUACACGGCUCCGAGGCUGGGCAUGCCCGAGCGACUACUGAUGAUUUGAAGUGACGACUUAUGAGGACACACGAUAGCCCCAAGGAAGAGACGGCACGCCGAGCGCGCGCAAUGAGGAUAUCCUCGUAUUUUGCUGCCAUGCAAGACGUGACUGACGAUGGUUCUUGACCGAUUGUGGGGGCCGUGUCGUGGGGAGCGACGCGUCGUCGUCGGUGGACUUGCCGGUUCGUGGCGCCGCCGCUGGUUGACUCGAAUUUGUGCAUGCUCGGCCGGAUCGUCGCCAAGUUGGCAAAUGGAGCGAUGGAGCUGCCCCGUACCAGCCACGGCGUGUCAGCGCUAGCACGCGGGCGACGAGGUUAAUUGCACAUAUUGCUACACAACAACUCCGUAUCAAGCUGCCACUACUACCUACGCUCGGAUGAGCGCGACGCCUGGCGUGAAUGUGGCACUACCAUUGACUCGUUGCUGUUCACGGCGCGGGUGACGGAUGGUGAUGCAGAGGUGCAGGGAGGGGGCGGCGGCUCGAGGACAUGGGUUGCAGG